CUACCUUCCAAACUCACAUGAAAGAUAUAUACCCACAAUCCUCCAAAUUGCAGACCGAAAACCGGAAUUUCCUUUGCCCCUUCCUCUUAUCUCUCCCACUCUCACCUCUCUUCCUUCUCUCACACAUCCAAAACACCAACCUCUCACACCCAUGAACAUCACAUAAGCACAUUCAAGAACCCAAGAAACACAAGCCAAGCCCCCAUCAAAAUAUGGACUGGUUCUCCUGGCUAUCCAAGAGCAGCCUUGACCCAACCCUCAUCUACGAGUAUGGUCGUGUGUUCGCGCUCAACGAGCUUCAGGAGGAGGAUAUCAGCUACUUCGACCAUGAGUUCCUCCAGAGCAUGGGCAUAUCUGUGGCCAAGCACAGGCUGGAGAUCCUCAAGCUUGCCAAGAAGGAGCAUGGAGGGCUCAGGCCAAUCUCUGGCCUCGUCAUGGCAUUCAGCAGGACCAAGAGGUCUGUGGGUAAGUACAUUGGCAAGCUUGUUUUCCAUGAUCAAGAGAGGGAUGUGAAGGCCUCACCACAGCCCAACAGGUACAAAGAGCACUGGAGAGGUGCAUUGUUGUCAAGGAAGCACAAGAGUGAGAAGGAGGUGAAGGAAAAGACAAUUGAGUACCAAGACAGGAGGAACAUGACACUGUCUGGGCCUUUGGAUGGAAGAAUGCUGGACAAGUAUUUGCUGGCCCAUAAGAGCCAGAAGUUUUCUGGCCCCUUGGGCACCAGAGCCCACCAGAAGCCGGUGUUUGCGCUGCCGAGGUGCCCGAGCCCGAAGUUCUUGUCCGGACCUCUUGACGGAAGGGUCCAUGAGAAGGUGCUGCACCCGACGAGGAGCCCGAAGUUGUCCGGGCCUCUUGACGGCAGGGUUCAAGAGAGGUUCAUGGUCCCGAGGAGCCCGAAACUGUCCGGACCUCUCGAGAGGACAGCUCAAAGCCCGAAGCUGUUGUGGAGUGAUAUCAACAAGGUGAAGAUGGAUGCAUAUGAGUAUGAUGAGCAAUCCCUGUGGGCGAAGCUGUUCGAUGACAUGAAACCUACUUGAGAGAGUUGUGAAAGAGUUUUUGAGAUAUUUAUGUUGGGUGCUUUUUUGCUUAGCAUGGGGAUGAUCAGGGGUAGAAUUUCUAUGGAGAAGUUCUUUCUUCAGAAGGAGGAGCCAUGUGUGUCUGUUCCAUUCUUCUUGUUCUGAAUUUGAGAGGUAGCACGUGUUGAUAGGGUGGUUUGGUUUCCUCAUUUCUGUUAUCAUAGCAUAUGCAUUACGCUUGUGUUAAUACAUAUACUUGGGUCAUCACUGGGCCAAUUCCAUGCGGUGCAAGAUUCCAAGUGGUUAGCUGUA